CACACUCACACACAUUUGCCAAUUAAACAUAUGAUGUGUCAGUUGUCACUUUACUUCUGCAGUUGUGUCUUACUCCUCCGGGAUGGGCGUUCAGUCGGAACAGGCCGUGUGUCCACAGGUCAACAUUGGGGAAGUUCGUUUCCCAGGAUUUUACAUCAUGUCCCAGUUUCACAUCGCUGAGUUAGCAAGACGAGGAACCGUUGAAAAGGUUGCAGGAUCAACCCCUACACGUGCUGCGUACAAGAUGGGCCCAAAUUUCAACUUCAGAAUCAACACCAGAUCGGUUUACCCUCUUGGACUCCCGGAAGAGUUUGCUUUUGUGACAGUUUUACGCAUGGACGGCAGUACUGUACAGAAGAAAUGGAACAUUUGGCAAAUGCAAGAUUUAAACGGCGACGAACAACUGUCUGUGGGGCUGAAUGGACUGGCACAAUCUCUCGAAUUCACCUUUAUAGCACUUGACAAACAAAAACAAUCUGUCGUUUUUUCUUUCCUUCCGCUCCUCUUUAACUCUCGGUGGCACGAGAUCGUACUGAGUGUCAGUAGGCGUCUCGUGACCCUCUUUGUGGACUGUGUUAAGAUCGAGUCUCAAAACAUCCGGACUCGUGAGAAAGUCAAUCUGGAUGGCUACACUCUGUUAGGAAAAUUAAAGGAUAACCCUGGCAUAGCGGUACCGUUUGAACUGCAGUCCAUGCUUGUUCGCUGUGACGCGAGACGCCCAGAGAGAGAAGCAUGUCACGAGCACCCUGCAAACACGGCGUCCCGGAUCCCUCCAAUCACUCGCCCGUAA